GCAUUGAUGGGUGCUUUGUAAAGCUCAGUAAUGGAGCCCAAGUGCUAGCAGCUACCGGUAGGGAUGGCAAAAAUAACCUAUUCCCAAUAGCAUUUGGCGUUGUUGGAAAGGAAGACACAAAAAACUGGAAUUGGUUUCUUGAGAGGUUGGAGACAGCCAUCGGUAGAGGAGAAGCGCAUGGAGGAUGGACAAUACAGACAGAAGGGGCUCAUGAAUGCAGUGGCUAGAGUUUUCCCAGACUGUGAGCAUAGAUAUUGCAAAAGACAUCUCUUGGCAAACAUGGCAACAGCUGGUUAUAGAGGAGAGAAAUACAAGAGCUUUGUUGAUUCUGCAGUCUAUGCUUACACUGAAUAUGAUUACAACAGAGCAAUGGAUGCAUUAAAGGCAUUCAAUGCCAAAGCAUGGAAAUGGCUUAAUUAUCUUGGCAAAGAACAUUUCAGUAGACAUGCUUUCUCCUCUAGGAGCAGGACAGACCUAGUUGUGAACAAUCUUAGUGAGGUGUUCAACAACUACAUUAUUGAGCUUAGGGACAAACCCAUCGUAACCAUGCUUGACAAAAUUAGACAAAAACUAAUGGUCAGGGCAAAUCAAAAGAGAGACGGAGGUCAACAAGCAAUGUGGGAGAUCACCCCGGUAGUAGUCGGGAAAUUGGAGGUAGAGAAGAAAUAUGCUAGGUACUGCAAUGCUUAUCAAUCAGGUGUUGGUUUGUGGGAGAUUUUAGGAUCGGAGAGGCAGUAUGAGGUCAACUUAUUUUCUAGAACAUGUGGAUGUAACAAAUGGCAACUUACCGGAAUACCUUGUAAGCAUGCCGUGACGGCAAUAUUUGCAGCAAAAGAGAGGCCUGAGGAUUAUGUCGAUGAGCACUUUAGGAAGGAAGCUUACCUUCGAGCAUAUGCGCCAGUUAUCUAUCCAGUCCCAGGAGAGCAUGAUUGGACAACAACUGAUUCACCUGACAUUGAUCCUCCUAAGUUCACAAAGCAACCAGGAAGACCAAAGAAGAGUAGGAGGAGGGGUCAAGAUGAAGCUCCCAAGGUAACCGGCAGAGCAAGAAUGACAACCACAACAUGUACUAAUUGUGAAGGGAUGUACCACAACUACACGACUUGCAAAAAAAAGUUGAGGCCCGAUCUGCAGAUAAGACUCGAUGCUCUCAAGGCUAAAAGGUCGCAUGAGCCAGAAAACCAAGCUCAAAGAUCACAUGAGCCAAGUAGUCAAGAUCACAUCAAUAAUCAUCAACCAAGUUCAUAUCAGCCAAUCAAUGAAGGGGGAACAAGCAGGGGAAGGAAACUUGAUUCAAGGAGGGGGUGUGCUAUAGGAAGCACCAUGAAGGAAAAUGCUAGAGGAACUACAGACAGGGGAAGAGAAAAUGCUAGAGAAACUAUAGUCAGGGGAAGAGGAAAUGCUAGAGGAACUAUAGUCAAGGGAAGAGGAAAUGCUAGAGGAACCACAGUUAGGGGAAGAGGUCUAGGGCACACUUCCCUCAACCAAUGGAUCCCAUAG